AUGCAAUUGUCUCCGCUCGAUUCGAUUCACCGAAGAAGAUCUUCUCGUACAGUCAGUCUGGUCAGCUGGGAACCGAGUACUGUGAUUGCGAUAUCGCCGAGGCCAGUAGUGGUGGCCAACACAUAUCAACUAGAACCGACCCCGGGGAGAGAAUUCAAGGUGGGAGAAGCCAAGGCAAUUGUGGAAAGGAUCCUUACGGAACGACUUGGUCCUAACUUACGUGAACCGGUUAUCGGGCGGACAAGAAGACCGGAUGAAUCGUUCCGAUGUGUGUUCCCUAAAGAUGAUACUCCGCUGGUAUGCUGGUUGGCUAAUACGGUGCGUGAGUGUCUGGUACGGGAGAUCAGUGCGGUGGAUUUGCCAAAAGGCGGUCGACACAAACUGAUCGUACACGUGCUUCAUGUGGACGAACCGCCUACGGUCCCGUCGGCCGAACUGAUCAUGUCUAGUUGUGGUCUGUGGAAUUCCGACACGGAUCGAUGGUUUGCUGUACACCAUCAAACCGCAAUCGGUACCAUUGUGGUCAGUGUGUUCGCCUGUUACCACGAAUGA